AUGGGUAUUAUACUGAAUUUGAUACGGCUAUUCGUUUGUACGGUGGCAAUCGUACCCUUAUGCUGUAGUGGAUUAUUAAAAGAUCCUUGUUUGUCUAAAGAUCGUCAAAUUCUGGAUUUGUGUGAACAAGCAUUGGAGAUAAACUCAACAAACUGGUACAAAAAUAUCAGGAUUCCUGCAGUAAACGAAGAAAUUGUAGAUGUUAUCGAUGAACAUGAUAGAAGGUAUCGUUCGGAGGAUUUACUAUCGGAGAUCACUCGUUUUGCUGACGGAAGCACAAAUCAUGGACAGCUGAUUGAUUCUCAGGCAACCAACGUCGGUAUUUCAAGUUCUCGAAAUGCUGAAGUUAUUGUUGAUGUUACACGCAAUCUAAAGAAUACCUAUUGUAAAAAAUAUGGGUUAAGUGAUAUACAAUGUGUCAAAGACUUAUCGAAGGUGAAAAUAACAAGGACAAGUUUGAAUGACUUGUGUUUGUCCGAGUAUUACAACGAAACUAUGUGCAUCUGGAAAAACUUAGAUUAUCCUAGUACUGACGGUUCUUGUAACAACUUGAAACGUUCCUCAUUGGGAAAGGCAACCAUGCCAUAUAAACGAUUGCUGUCUCCAGUCUACACUGAUGGUAUUUACAAUAUGUCAGAAGAACUGCCCAAUCCUAGAUCAUUGAGCAUACACCUUUUCAACGAUGAGGACUCUAUUGACCAAGCAAAAACGAUGAUGAUGGCUUACUGGGCGAUUUUCAUAGGCCAUGAUCUAUCGCAGACGGUAGCUUCUACCAUGGGGAAUAAAAACGUACCUGUGAAAUGUUGUUUUAAUGAAAGCAGUAUUGAAUUUAUUCUGAAAAAAACCGUAAGGUUCUGUAAGCCCAUAUCGAUACCAGAAGACGAUAAAGUUUUUUCACAGGAAACGUGCAUGAACUACGUGCGUUCGCAGUCCGCGAUGCGUCCCGAUUGUUCAUUUGGACCCAGGGAACAAAUGAACCAAGCUACCCAUUAUUUAGAUGCGUCGAUGAUGUACGGUUCGUCAGAAGAACAGAUGUUGUCGUUGAGGAAAAUGAACGGCGGAGAACUGUCGUCUUACAAAAUGAAUAUCACCAACAUGACUUAUAUGCCGCUGGAAACCACCGAAACAAAAGCGUGCCAGCACGGAAACGGCACGUGCUUCAGGGCUGGAGACAUCCGGGCAAACUCACUUCCCCAACUGACUCUCCUUCACACACUGUGGGUGAGGGAACACAACCGGAUAGCCCGAGAGCUAAGUAAAUUCAACCCACAUUGGACCGACGAACAGCUUUUCCUUGAGUCCAAGAAAGUCGUGACGGCAUUCAUACAACACAUCACUUACAACGAGUGGUUGCCGGCGCUUCUUGGCGUAAACUACACCAAGGAAAAUGGUCUGGGACUGUUAGAGGAGGGGUACAACACCUACGACGAUACCGCCGACCCAACUGUCAGCAACAGCUUCGCGACCGCAAUACUGCCGUUCGCCAAUUCGAUGAUCAGCGAAAAUAUUAGUUUAUACUCAGAAGACCGCGUUAUCAACGGAAGCCUUUCACUAAAAGAACAUUACAACCGACCAGUUGAUAUAUUGACGAACUACACGGAUGAACUUGUUAGAGGACUUAUUACUCAGAAUACACAAAACAUCGAUAUGCUGUUUACAAAAACGCUUACAAAUUAUUUAUAUAGUUUUGGUCCAAAUUAUUUGUUUGGCAUGGACAUUGUCAGUUUGGAUAUACAACGAAGCCGCGAUCACGGUAUUCCAAGCUACACGCAAUUUAGAAAAUAUUGUGGACUAAAUGACAUAAAAACUGUGGAAGAUUUGUCUGAGAUCAUGGUGGAAGGUGCAGCUGAUAGAUUACUGAAACAAUACCAAAAUUGGAACGAUAUAGAUCUUAUGGUGGGUGCAUUGUCUGAGAAACAUGCCGAUGACGCAAUGGUUGGCCCUACGAUGAGGUGUAUGAUCAGGGAACAAUUCGUAAGAACUAGAAGUGCAGAUAGAUAUUUUUAUGACGCACCAGGAGUGUUCAGCAAAUAUCAACUGGAAGAAAUCAGAAAAUUCACUCUUGCCAGAUUUAUUUGUCUUAACGCCAAUAAUGUUACAACAGUUCAGAAACAAGUAUUUUUGAAACCGGCUUCAACUGAUGAAUUAAAACUUUGUAAUGAGGAUGAAGAUAUUCCGAGCAUCCACGUUAGUCGUUGGGCAGAAUUGGCGCAAACAAUUUCAGAAUAA